CACACACAGCUUUUCUUCAACGUCUCUUCUAACUCUAGCAGAAGUUUAAUUACACUCUACAUUUAUAUAUAGAUAUAAAUAAUAAUAAAAAAAGAUAAAAAUAAAAGAUGAACAGUAGUAGUUGUAUUGGUAUCUCAACAAUGAAACCCUGUUGCAGAAUCAUAAUUAGUUACAGAAGUUUUUCACAUUUUGGGGUUUCUCUCUCAAGAUCUAAUAAUAAUUCAGUCAUUCAUACCAAUUUGUCGAAAUCACACCCGAAAUCGGUAUAUAAUCAUGAAUUCCACUGCUGUAAUAACCGUAGUUGGUCACAAGAUACGGGUCAUAAAUGUAUAGUUAAUCUGGAUCGCAGAGGUUUUAAUGUCUGCGAUUGGAAUUGGGGUCAUGCUAGGGGUUUUAGUUCAGGUUUUCUUGUCGAUAAGAGUAGUAGUUCAACGGGUGUUUUAGUAAUUCCCAAAGUAGCGUCAGACAUUAGGAAUCAUUCGACUUCGGUAGAGGGUCAUGUUAAUACGAAAGGAUUUGAGAGUAUUUACAUUCAAGGAGGGUUGAAUGUGAAGCCUUUAGUGAUAGAAAAGAUUGAAACAGAAAGUGAUGUAGCUAAAGAAGGAAAAGAGGAAACAUCUAGUAAUAGGGUGGAGAUUAAUGGAUCUGAAGUAAAUACAAACUUCUUCAAGGGUUUGAAUGAGAGCACAACUCCUAAGGUUGAUGAGAGAGAGGUGUCUAAGAUCGAGGAGGAAGCGUGGCAGUUGCUUCGAGGCACCAUUGUGAAUUACUGUGGGAAUCCAGUAGGGACUGUCGCUGCUAAUGAUCCUGCCGACAGGCAACCGUUGAAUUAUGACCAAGUCUUCAUUCGUGAUUUUGUUCCAUCCGCACUUGCUUUUUUGCUUAAUGGAGAAAUGGAGAUUGUGAAGAAUUUUCUUCUUCACACUUUGCAGUUGCAGAGCUGGGAGAAAACAGUGGACUGUUACAGUCCUGGGCAAGGGUUAAUGCCAGCAAGUUUUAAAGUUAAAACAGUGCCUCUUGAUGGUAGUGAUGGAGGUUUUGAGGAGGUUUUGGAUCCUGAUUUUGGUGAAUCAGCCAUUGGGCGUGUUGCGCCUGUUGAUUCUGGGCUGUGGUGGAUAAUUUUGUUGAGAGCUUAUGGGAAGAUAACAGGCGACUAUGCAUUGCAAGAGAGGGUUGAUGUCCAGACAGGAAUCAGACUCGGACUAAAUUUGUGUUUAUCAGAUGGGUUUGAUAUGUUUCCUACACUGUUAGUCACUGAUGGUUCCUGCAUGAUUGAUAGACGGAUGGGUAUACAUGGACACCCUCUUGAAAUCCAAGCCUUGUUCUACUCUGCUUUGCGAUGUGCUCGUGAGAUGCUCAUAGUCAAUGAUGAAACCAAGAAUCUGGUGGCUGCAAUAAAUAAUCGACUCAGUGCACUCUCAUUCCAUAUCAGAGAGUAUUAUUGGGUGGACAUGAGGAAGAUCAAUGAGAUCUACCGUUACAACACUGAAGAAUACUCUACAGAUGCAGUCAACAAGUUCAACAUAUACCCCGAUCAAAUUCCUUCAUGGCUGGUGGAUUGGAUUCCUGAGGAAGGUGGUUACCUCAUUGGCAAUCUACAGCCGGCUCACAUGGAUUUUAGGUUUUUUACUCUUGGGAACCUUUGGGCCAUCAUCUCUUCUCUGGGAACCUCAAAACAAAAUGAGGGUAUCCUAAAUUUGAUCGAGGCCAGGUGGGAUGAUCUCAUGGGCCAUAUGCCUCUUAAGAUUUGUUACCCUGCUUUGGAAUAUGAAGAAUGGCGUAUAAUUACUGGCAGUGAUCCAAAGAACACCCCAUGGUCAUAUCACAAUGGUGGAUCUUGGCCAACACUGCUGUGGCAGUUCACAUUAGCUUGUAUCAAGAUGGGGAAACCAGAAUUAGCACAAAAGGCAGUUGCUUUGGCAGAGACGAGAUUAUCAAUGGAUCAAUGGCCUGAAUACUAUGACACUCGCAGUGGAAGGUUUAUAGGCAAACAGUCCAGGCUUUUUCAGACAUGGACAAUCUCUGGUUUCCUAACAUCAAAGAUGCUUUUAGAGAAUCCUGAUAAAGCAUCCUUGUUGUUCUUGGAAGAGGAUUAUGAGCUCCUGGAGAUAUGUGUUUGUGCACUAAGCAAAACUGGCCGGAAGAAGUGCUCACGCUUUGCUGCAAGAUCUCAAAUUCUUGUCUGAUUAGGUAUUUCCUGACCCGAUAGCUAUAUAGCGUGGUAAAAACGGUAACAGAAAAGAUCAUUUGCAGCCCUAACUCAAUAUUUUAAAGGGUGACUUCAAUGUGAUGACAGACAAACUACUCUGAAGUGCUGAUUGUUGUACCUCUUGUUGAAGCACAUUACUCAUUUGAAUUAGAUGGCUGUGUUUUUGAGAGCCUCUAACCUACUUGUAAUAAUGUAUGGUUUCGUGCUUGAAUUUCCUUUCGACCUUGGCAUGACAUGUGUAAACUUCUAUUCCAUAGAUAUGAUCAAUCCCUUUCUUGGUGUCACAAA